CUAAUUCCGAGAGCAGCUCAACCACGAGACGCAGUUACCUGUCCAGGACCACCCUUUCAAUACUGCAGCACCAAGCGCCCAACCAGUUUGACUGGUUCAGAAUGCCGCCGAAAUCGUACAUAGAUUAUGUGGUGACCCAGGCUCAGUCAAACCCACGCGUGAGGAGUCUUGAGAGAUACAUUCGCCGAAAGGCUACUCACUCCAGCAAGAUCGCCAUUAUUGAUUACGCCCAAAAUGACGCGCUUGGACCUAAUAACAAGCCGGCAGUCAUGGAAAACUGUGAUAUUGAUGAUAUCAUCAAACAGCCAGCCGCAAACACCAUGCGACUGCUUCUCAUUGAAGAUAUCAGUCCUCAAAUAAUGAUAGUCUUAGGUGAAAGAUUUGAUAUCAACCCAAUCUUCUUCGCUGAAUAUGUCAACCCAAACAUUACAGACGUCGACAAGGGCCCUCUAUCACAUUCUCUUGCAACAUUACCAUCAUUUAAGCCUGGUGAAGGAUACCUGCAUCUUCCAUACCAGCAAAUCCUGGAUCUCAGUAGUGCAAAACUAUCUUAUCAUAUGAAAAAUGCACUACAUACAGCCUCGAAUGUUCCUCGAGAUGUCGAGAAUUUGGCGUUUCUAUCGGACCAACAGUUGAUUAUUGCUCAUGCUACUUGUUCCGUCAUUAUCGAGAAGUUCAAGACUUAUUCGAUAUGUCUGAUCUUAGUAGAUUCUCCGGUGACACACGUUGUCAAAACUACUAGAGCUGGAAGACGACGACAUUAUCCUGCCAGUAGUCUGCAAGCAGUCUUUGAAGAAUCUGAGCUUCGUCGCUCCAUGACGUCCUAUACUCAAGGCCAUGCCUACUUGGAUGGCACCUCGAUGCUGGAUAAAUUGUUUCAUUCCUUCCAGCGGCCAGGGCUGUUUGGAGACUCAGCCGCGGCUUUAGCCAUCUCGGACUUUUACCACCAUUUUAUUCCUAUAGUUCUAACCCACUGGAGUUUCGACCUACGUCUUAUAGGCCUGCUGUCUAAGGGCUACAAGCUCUCACUAGAGGACACCAAAUGUCAAGUGGACAAUGAUUAUCUCCUCAAUCUAACCAGUUGGAGACAACAAAUCUGGCAAAGACGACGCAGAUUGACUGUUCUUUCUGAGUUCGUCAACUUUCGGAUUGCGCAAGAGUGCGAUACAAUGACUUUGCAGUUGCUUCUCAGUGAUAUUACUGAGUUACAAGAUCAACUCCAAGACUGUGCUCAGCUGUUUGAGGAUAUGGUCGUAUUGACAAGGUUGAUGAUCCAAAAUUCGGACUCAAGGAGAUCUAUCUUUGGCGAUGUCAAUGUUGUUCACUUAACAUACAUCGUAAUCCUCUUUGCACCGGGGUUCUUUGUUUCUAGCAUGUUCAGUAUGUCCAUGUACAAGUUAUCUGACAGCCAGGAACCUUGGAUAUAUAUCUCAACAACCCUUCUAUUUCUAGUUCCUGCCAUUGUGUUGUUGGCUCAGUAUCAGGAAGUUGUACAAGCAGUGGAAGACAUUUACUGGGAAUCGAUUCGCGUUUACAAAUCUGCGUAUUUAAGGUCACUUACUCAGCAGGAAAUGGUAUAG